UUAUCUAUGACUACCGUUUGUUUAGAAAAUCGAACCAUACAUAGUAACAUACCAACGCCUUUAUUUUGAUUUUUUAACUUAGAUUUACGUUAUGAGUAAAUAAAAGUUGGUGUAUUAAUAAUAUUCUUAUUUAAAUUUGUAAUUUUUUUUCUAUAAUUUUAACGUACUUCAUUAUGGUACUAGAUCAAAAAGUUCUUGAUAAAUAUUUGUACUCAAUAAAUCCUAUUGCUAAGAGGAUUGGUAAGGAUGUGGAAGCCACAAAAGAAGCAUAUCAAACAUUUUGGGAUGGAUUAAGUUAUGAAGAACAAAGUAAAAUCCUUGAGGAAUCAAUUAUUAGUCCAGAAACUGCUUUAAAGUAUUCCAAGUAUCAAAAACUUAAAGAAAAUAAAUCAGAUGGAAAUUUUUCUUGGUUUACUCGUAGUCAGUUAGAUUUAUGCAAGCAUGUUAAUAGUGUGAAAGAACAUUUUUUUGCCAAUGAAUGUAAAAACAUUAUUGUAAAACGAGCAGAAAAAGAACAGCAAGAUAAUAAAUUAAUUAAUAAAAUCAAAUCAAAUGUACUAUUUAAAUCACUUGUAGCAUCUGAAGAAAAAAUAAAACCUAUCAAAACAGAUAGAACAAAACCCAAAGGACCUCCUCCACCACCACCACUUCCAUCAAAUACAAAUGGAGAAAAUGCACCUAUCAUACCAUCAUAUGAUCAUAAUGAUGAUGAUGAUGAAAAUAUACCAAAAACAGGAUUUGAUUUUCUUGAUAAUUGGUAAAUGUAUUUAUUUUUAAACAGAUUAAUAGAGGUUGUAUCAAUCUAAGAAAACUAUUAUUAAUUGAAAAUACUAUAUCAUAGAUUUUUUCAUUUAUUAAAUAAAAAUAUUAACAAAUACAUUUUUGUUCACUAGCUUGAGUUUAAAUGUAAAAUUAUUUUAAUUAGAAAAUGUAUUCUUAUAUAUGCUGUAAAUAUACUAUAUUCUUUACUUAUUAA